CGGAGUGCCAACCUGACUGGCCGAGCCUAAAUUCAAUUCUGGGAAAACGUUGAUAAUUAAAGAUAUGUAGCGAUUAGACGUAUUGGCUUCUGGAAACUGAACAACGACUUAGAUACAUCCCAUAGCCUGCGGUGCUAUUUUGAAUAUUUCAACAGACAUCAACGCCUUGGCUCUCAAAAUGGCUGAGAUCACCGAAAUCCGAGCAGCAUACGAUAUGUCCCCGGUGCUUGCGGGCUUCAUCGGGGCAGGAGUGUUGGUGGUGGCCGUGGUGACACUGGUCUUCCUCUGGGUGUGCUGCCAGCGCCGCCGCCGCCGGUCGACGGGCGCCUACAAGCUCCACGGCAUCCAAUCAGAGCCCUACGACCCGGCAACGGACCCGCCCUACAAGUUCAUCCACAUGCUGAAAGGCAUCAGCAUCUACCCAGAGACACUGACCAACAACAAGCGGGUGGUGCGGCUGGCCAGGAAGGCCGGCUGGAGGGGGGGGCGGCGCGAAGGGUCGGCCGCCGAGGACCGGGAGCGGGGCGAGGCAGUUGUGGACGCGGCCGACUUGGGGGCCUCAGCAGCCGAAAACGGGCAGGUGCCCUACACCCACCGGCCGGAAGACGACGACGGCGGGCAGUGCGAUGGCGCGAGCCGCCACCCGUUGAGGCUGGAGCGCGACCUGCCCAUCCGGGCCGACUACAGCUGCCUGGAGAACGUCUCGGGCCCCAGCAGCAGCUGCAGCAGCAGCAGCAGCCAGAGCAGCGCCACGGCCACCCCGUUCACCCCGGCCACCGAGGACGAGCUCCAGAGCCUGGGCGAGCUCAGCCUGGCCGUGGACUACAACUUCCCCAAGAAGGCGCUGGUGGUCACCAUCCAGGCGGCGCGGGGGCUCCCGGCGGUGGACGAGCGGGCGGGCAGCGCCGACCCCUACGUCAAGAUGACCAUCCUGCCCGAGAAGAAGCACCGCGUCAAGACCCGCGUGCUCCGUCGCACGCGCCAGCCCGUCUUCGACGAGACGUUCACCUUCUACGGCGUGCCGUACAGCGCCCUGCCCGAGCUCACGCUGCACUUCCUGGUGCUGAGCUUCGACCGCUUCGCCCGCGACGACGUCAUCGGGGAGGCGGUGGUGCCGCUGGCUGGCGUCGACCCCAGCACGGGCAAAGUGCAGCUCACGCAGCUCAUCAGCAAGAGGAGCAUGCAGUGUGUGAACCGCGGAGAGCUGCUGGUGUCUUUGUCCUACCAGCCAGUCUCCCACCGGCUCAGCGUGGUGGUGCUCAAGGCCAAACACCUCCCUAAGAUGGACAUCACCGGGCUGUCUGGCAACCCGUACGUGAAAGUGAACGUGUUCUACGGCCGCCGGCGCAUCGCCAAGAAGAAGACCCACGUGAAGAAGAGCACGCUGGACCCCGUCUUCAACGAGUCGUUCAUCUACGACGUGCCGGCCGAGCUGCUGCCCGACAUCUCCGUGGAGUUCCUGGUCAUGGACUUCGACCGCACCACCAAGAACGAGGUGGUGGGCCGCCUGGUCCUGGGCGCGCGGAGCUCGUUGCCCGCCGGCGCCGCCCACUGGCACGAAGUCUGCGGCAACCCGCGCCGGCAGGUGUCCAAGUGGCACAGUCUGAGCGAGUACUAG